AUAUCCUCAUACUAUAUUACCCUAUUUCCUAUUUCUGUGAUUCUUUUGAAUUUUAGACCAAGACACUCAAUCUCUUGCUUCAUUUCAAAAGAGAGAGAUCUUUUUUAAGUUACAAAGAGAGCUUUCUUAGCUUGUAGAUAUCCGAUCCCCUUGUUGCAAUUUCUGGUGGAAAGCUGAUUGUUUAAGGCAUCACUGUUUCUGUUACAUCACAUUUCGAAAAAGUGUGUGCUUAGUUGAUAUUUGUUGACACAAAAAAAAAGAUGGGAGAUCAUUUUGUGUUUUUGGUUGAUCGGUUGCUAACUGAAUCAACUUUGGAGGCUGCAAUUGAAAGCAGAAACCAGAAACAGCUAGCAUCAUCGGCGACUAACGAUCCAGUAGCUGAUUGCUCUAGAGAGGAAUCUGAUCCUUUCAUGACUCCUAGGAAGAUGGUCGAAUGCAGGAUAUGUCAAGAUGAAGAUGUGGAUUCGAAUAUGGAGACUCCUUGCUCUUGCUGUGGUAGCUUGAAGUAUGCACAUCGGAGAUGCGUGCAAAGGUGGUGUAAUGAGAAGGGUGAUACCAUUUGUGAGAUAUGCCAUCAGCCUUUUAGGCCUGGUUAUACAGCACCACCUCCAAUUUUUCGACUUGGAGGCAUCCCGAUGAAUUUCAGGGGAAAUUGGGGAAUUGUCAGAAGAGACUUGAAUAAUCCUCGUCUGAUAGCAGUGGUUUCAACUGAUCGCGAUUUCAUCAACUCUGACUAUGAUGACUAUGCGGUUUCUACAUCAAGAAGCAUGAUGUGUUGUCGUUCAGUUGCAAUAAUUUUUAUGCUGCUUCUAGUUUUACGGCACACUCUUCCCAUCAUAGUGAAUCAAGGGGGGGACUAUUCGUUCCCUUUGGUCAUGCUACUAAUGCUAAGGAUUACCGGCAUUGUUUUGCCUAUCUACAUCAUAAUGAAAGCAGUGACGUCUUGCCACAGACGCCAACACCAGCAGGCUAUUUUGCCCAUCUCUUCGUCUGAUGAAGAAUCUGGCCCCGUGAUACUGUCACAUCAACCUCCUAUCAUCGACGCCCCUUGAAAGUACCAGAUAUACGUCAGGUCACGUUUACUCUACUAUUAUUACAGCGUCCUGCUCCAUAAAAAUUGCUGCAGAGAGGAUGGAUGAAUGGGAAAAGAAUACACAUGCGCGUACUGCAGUUGGUGUUUCAGAAUGUGAAGGAUGGAUCAGCUGUCAAAGAAGUUGUAGAUUGAAAAAAUAUCCAAUGUAGAGGCAGAGAAAAAUUAAAAAAUCAAAAAAGAAGAAACCAAGAAAAAAACAAGAUUCCCUGUAUCCAAUUAGUAAGGUUUCAAGGUUGUAAAUUAGUCAGAAAUCUUUGUACAGUCAGUUAAGUUCAACUAUGUAUAUGAACACAUUGAUGGAAUAGAAAAGCUAGCCCAAAAAAAGUUGGUUUGCUUAUGGUGAA